AUGAGCGACAACAAAGCUUUCCCGGUGCCGACUCUGGAAGAGUCUAAAGAACAUCACAUAUCAGACUCACCGCAUCAUCAUGCGGCUCCACAUGAUUAUCUCUCUGUCGUCGAGAACGGUCUGAUCACGGACGUUACAAUUCCAAACAAUAGGUUCCAGCGAUGGGCCCUGCGGCUCGAAACUCUGGCUAGAAUGGAGGCAAGGGGCAUUGAACGCGUCCCCGAGACGCUCAAGGCCGAGAAGGUAACCAUGGGAGAUUAUGUCCAGAUGUGCCUUGUCUGGUUCUCCGCCAACCUCACAGCCAACAAUGCCAUGAUUGGGAUGCUUGGUCCCAUCGUCUUUGGCCUGGGAUUGACAGACGCCAUGGUGCUUGCCACAUUCGGCGCACUCUUGGGAGGUGCUGCAAGCGGAUACAUUGCAACAUUCGGUCCUGUGAGUGGGAAUCGGACUCUGGUCAUCUGUCGGUAUACUAUGGGAUGGUGGCCAUCCCGCCUCUGCGUUGCCCUCAACAUUGUCAUUAUGCUGGGCUACGGUUUGAUCGACGUUCUCAUUGCUGGGCAGAUCUUGUCGGCUGUGAAUGGUGGAGGUAUGACUGUCAUUGUCGGUGUCAUCAUAUCGUCCGUCAUCUCUCUCUUCAUUGUUCUGUUUGGUAUACGCCUCUUCCACCAAUACGAGCGCUGGGCAUGGGUACCUCAAGCCGCCGUCUUCCUCAUUCUGGUUGGUGUUGCGGGCCCUUACUUUGACCCAAGUUCGGUCUCGACUGGAGGCGGGAGUGUCCGCUCAGCUGACCAGAUGAGCUUCUUCUUUUUGUGCGUUGCGGGUCCCCUCGCAUGGUCCCCCGCCUCUGCAGACUUCUAUGUCUACUUCCCAACAUCAUCGAAACGCUGGAAAGUCCUUAUCGCAACUACCAUCGGCCUAGGGGGCUCAUGCGUCAUCUCCAACCUGAUCGGCAUCGGCCUCGCUUCAGGGAUCCCGCUCAGGCAAGCUUGGGCAGACGCAGUCGAGAUCAGUUCAGGUGCCCUCUUUGUCGAGGCCUUCAGACCUCUUGGGAACUUCGGACACUUCUGCUCCGUUAUCCUGGCAUUAGGUCUCAUCUCUAAUAACGUUCCCGGAACCUAUUCGGCAGCGCUGUCUUUUCAGCUCUUGGGCCGCUGGUUCAACUAUCUCCCGCGCGUCUUCUGGACCACCAUAGCCGUCGUCAUCUACACCGUCUGCGCCUGCGCGGGCCGCAAGCAUCUCUUCACCAUCGUCGAAGGUUUCGUCGUCAUCAUGGGAUAUUGGACUGCGGUGUGGGUGGCCCUGACCAUGGAGGAGGAAUUUAUAUUCCGACGUGGGACCAGAAAGUACGAUUGGACUGACUGGAACGACAAGAACAAGCUCCCCAUCGGAAUCGCUGCCUUGAUCGCUUUCUGUGUUGGCUGGGUUGGGGCCGUCUUGGGGAUGUGGCAGACAUAUUUCACCGGUCCGCUGGCAAGAUUGGUCGGUGACGGUAUCGACCUGGGCAUCCCUGUAGCAGCCUCUUGGGGUGCGCUCGUGUACCCGCCCUUGAGAUAUCUAGAAUUGAAGUACAUUGGCAGAUGA